GUUUGCUCUCUGGUAGUCCGAGGGGAGGCAGCUUUCCCUAAGCUCCUGGUGACCGAGCAGGUGUUUGCUGUCUGGACCGGCUGGAAGAUCUUAACGGUCUCUGGCAGCAAUAUGGAGCCUACCCUGGCAGUCCCCACCCCAUUUGGCUGUAUUGGCUGUAAGCUGCCUCAGCCAAACUACCCACCGGCUGUAAUCACCUUUAUGUUCUGCGCAGUGGUUAUCACCAUCAUCAUAGACGUGAUCGGCAACUCCAUGGUCAUUCUGGCUGUGGCUAAGAACAAGACGCUCCGAAAUUCUGGCAACAUGUUCGUGGCUAGCCUCUCUGUGGCUGACAUGCUGGUGGCCAUCUACCCCUACCCUCUGAUGCUGCAUGCCAUGGCCGUUGGGGGCUGGGAUCUGAGCCAUUUCCAGUGCCAGGUGUUUGGAUUCAUCACAGGGCUGACUGUGGUCAGCUCUAUCUUCAAUAUCAUGGCGAUUGCCAUCAACCGUUACUGCUACAUCUGUCACAGCCUCCAGUAUGAGCGGAUCUUCAGCAUGCGCAAUACCUUCAUUUUCCUGGCCAUCACCUGGAUCAUGGCCAUCCUGGCUAUCCUGCCCAACACGUACAUUGGCACCAUUGAGUACGAUCCUCGCACCUACACCUGCAUCUUCAACUACCUGAACAACCCCGUCUUUGUCGUGACCAUCGUCUGUAUCCACUUUGUCAUCCCUCUGCUCAUAGUGGGUUUCUGCUACCUGAGGAUCUGGAUCAAAGUGCUGGCGGCCCGGGCCGCGACUGGGCAGAAUCCUGACGGCCAGCUUGCUGAGGUUCACAAUUUUCUAACCAUGUUUGUGAUCUUCCUCCUCUUUGCAGUGUGCUGGUGCCCUAUCAACGUGCUCAAUGUCUUAGUGGCUGUCAGUCCAAAAGAGGUGGCAGGCAAGGUCCCCUACUGGCUUUAUCUUGCAUUGUACUUCAUAGCCUACUUCAAUAGCUGCCUCAAUGCUGUGAUCUAUGGGAUCCUCAAUGAGAAUUUCCGAAGAGAAUACUGGGUCAUCUUCCAUGCUAUACGGCACCCUAUCCUCUUCCUCUCUGGCCUCUUCACUAAUUUGCGUGAGCGGUGGGAGACCCAGACCCGUGACCGUUUCCGUGCCCGUCUCUGUGCCCGUCUCUGUGCCCGUCUCUGUGCCCACGCCAGUUACGACGUCCGAGAGGAAACCCAUGAAGAAGACCGUGCCAAUGCCUGUCCUGCGGUGGAGGAAAUACCAAUGCAUGCCUGGAAUGUUCCACUACCUGGCGAUGCUGCCACUGGCCAACCUGGGUGUGCCUCUGGCCACCCCAGGCCGGCUUCUGGCCACUUGAGGCCUGCCUCUGUCUACCGCAAAUCUGUCUCGGGCCACCCCAAGGCUGUCUUUAGCCACUCCAAGCUUGCUUCUGGCCACCCCAAAUCUGCCUGUGGUCACUCCAGGUCUGCCUGUGGUCACCCCAAGCCUGCCACUGUCCGUUUUAAGGCUGACUCUGUCCAUUUCAUGUCUGCCUCCAGCCACCCCAUUCCUGUCACUGGCCACCACAUCUCUGUGGGCAGCCACUCCAAGAGUGCCUUCAGCCUUAUCACCAACAGCCCUAAACCCACCACUGAACACAUCAAGCCUGCUACCAGCCUCCCUGAGCCCACCACUGCCGACUCUCCUAAGCCUGCUACCACCAGCCACCUCGAGCCUGCCAUCACUGGCCACCCUGAUCUCACUGCCUCCUGCCACCCUGAGACCACUGCUGCUGGCCACCUUGAGUGUGACAUCACUGACUUCCCUGAGCCUCCCUCCAGUCCUGCCACUAGAACCCCUGAGCCUGCUGACAGCCGGCUGGAGCCUGUCGGUGUCACUGACCCUCUUGACUCCACUGUGGUCACCACUGACACCAGUGAUUACGAUGAGUUUGUGGCUUUUGAUAUUGAAAUGGAUUCUGAUGACCUGUCGAUGUGA